AUGUCUCAUGUUGCUUUGCAAAGUGGAGGUUACGAGAGAAUUCCAUGUCAACUUCAAGAUGUGUACAACAGGGUUGCUAGUGCCAAGCGAGAAGAGAAGAUAGAGACGGACUCAGAAGGGGCGCUGGGAUUUCUUGAUUGUCUCGCAGAGAAGGAUCCAAAUUUCUUCGUUGUCUAUCAGGUUGACGAGGAGAAUCAAUUGGCUAACUUAUUUUGGGCAGAUGGAAACUCACAUGUGGAAUAUGUGGCUUUUGGGGAUGUACUAGGGUUUGACACAACCUACAUGAAAAAUGAGUACAAUAAGCCUCUUACUGUUCUCAUUGGCGUCAACCACCAUUUCAACACAUGCAUCUUUGGGUUUGCGCUCCUCCUCCACGAGAAGCUUCCAUCCUAUUGUUGGCUACUUCAAAAAUUUCUCGAAUGCCGUGGAGAUAAGAAGCCAAAUGUUGUAGUUACUGACAAAGAUGUGGCCAUGAAACAAGCCAUCAUGGAACAAAUGCCAGAUGUUACACACCGUCUAUGCGCUUGA